CGAAACCCUAGCCUUGAUUUUUCUCAUUUAUUUUGUUCGGUUUGUUUGGAAUCAGCUAAUGGGACAGGAGGGAGGAAGGUUCUUACUCUAUUUCCAACUGGGGAUGGUUUUGGUAAUUGUUAAUGUCGUCUUUAACGUUGCAGUUAUCGUUUGAUUCCGUUUCUGGGUCUUUGUGACAUUGGUGUCUGGUGGUAUUUUUUAGAUUUUUGUUUAGCUUAGACUCUUUGUUGUUAUUAUUGUGUUAGUUGGAAUCCGAAAUUUCUUGGUCAAAUAAUUUGGGUUAAUUAAGCUUCUGUUGCCAGCUGGAUGUCUUUCACCACCAUUUGUGAGGUUAACUUUGGGGGAUCGGUUCAGUCAUGGCGUCCCUCAGUUCUGUGGGCUGCUAAGUGUAUAAAUUACAUUAUUUUAGUGGUUUUAUAUGUCUUCUUUGAGCUUCUGGUGACGGAGAUUGAUCAUGAUGUCACUCCGGGCGGCAAUUAUGUUUCUAAGCUCCUCUAUGACAGCAACUAUUAUGGUGUCAUGCUAAGGAUUUAUUCAGGAUGUCUUAGAUAUAUCCCAUGAUAUAUAGUCUGGGAAUCGGCUGGUUUUCUACCUCUCAUGGUCUCCUCACUGGUGAAGGGUUCUUAUUUCCAAGGUGUGCAGAGCUGAAGCAUUCAAUUGACGAACCAUUGAGAUUGAGAAGCUGGGGUGAAACAUUUUUGACAAUGGAGAAUGAAGAGGAUGCGGUGAAGAACACACGGUUGGUUGAAGCCCGAGCAAGAAACAUCAGCCACAACGUACGGUGCACUGAAUGUGGGAGUCAAUCCAUUGAAGAUUCACAAGCGGACAUCGCAAUUCUUCUCAGGAAGUUGAUUCGUGAUGAGAUUCGAGCUGGGAAAUCUGACAAAGAUAUUUUUAAAAAGCUUGAGAAUGAUUAUGGGGAGACAGUACUGUAUGCCCCAAAGUUUGAUAUGCAGACUGCAGCCUUGUGGCUAUCGCCGAUUCUAGUUGCAGGUGCUGCUGCGGGGGUAUGGGCUUACAAAAAGCAUAAGCAAAAUACAAAUGUUCACAUCAUGGCUUUGAACCUUGUUAGAGGUGUUGCACUGACCCCAAAAGAGAAGGAAACCAUGCUAGAUCUCCUUACACCUCCUCCUUCAAAUGGAACAACCCCAUCCUGGUGGAGGAGAUGGCCUGGUCAAUGAUGUGCUUGGCUACUGGUGUUUCUAAUCUUACCUGGCAUGAUAAUUUGUGCUGGAAAUUUGGAAACUGCUGUACGACCAUGAUUUGCAAAUUGUGAAUGAACUUUGAUUGCCGACACUGCAUAAAUUUGAUCUUGUACUAAUAUAUGAUCAGGCAUUUCUGGGAAAAAACAAAUGGUUCUAUCAUUUCAUGGUUAUUGGCGAAUUAUUGUGCCGAUAUAUAUAUACACACCUAUAUAUAUAUAUAUAUAUAUAUGUAAGCAGGACUUUGUACUUAUCCAUCACCAAAUGGUGGUUUCCCAAGGCUUGGUGAGACGUCGGAGGUGUUCCAUCAAUAAUGAUAUUCAUACAACUAUUUUAUAAGCUAUUCAUACUAUGAGUUCUGUUAUUCU